GCGAGUCCUCGGCCCUGCACCGAGAGGCGCAGCUAGCGCUCUUGAUCUGCGGCUUCCGGAGGUUCAGCCCCUUUCUGGCCCUGGGGAACUACUUUUUCCGGCGGCCCGGCUUCCUUCUGGUUCCGGAGAACUGUGGUUCCCUGUGGCCCCGCCUCCAGAACCGACGGCUUCCGGCGGUCCGUCCCCUUCGGGCUCGACGUACGAAGUUCUCCCAGUGCUACCGGCUGAAGAGCCCCUGCAGGACUCCAGACUCACCACCAUGGGCAGCCCAGAGGGGCGCUUCCAUUUUGCUAUAGACCGUGGUGGCACCUUCACAGAUGUCUUUGCCCAGUGCCCAGGAGGGCAUGUGCGGGUCCUGAAGUUGCUCUCAGAGGAUCCUGCCAACUAUGCAGAUGCACCCACAGAGGGCAUCCGUCGCAUCCUGGAGCAGGAGGGUGGUGUGCUGCUGCCUCGAGAUCGGCCACUGGAUACCAGUCGCAUUGCCAGCAUCCGCAUGGGCACCACAGUGGCUACCAAUGCACUGCUGGAACGACGGGGGGAAAGAGUGGCACUGCUGGUGACACGGGGCUUCCGAGACCUGCUGCACAUUGGCACCCAGGCCCGCGCAGACCUCUUUGAUCUGGCUGUGCCCAUGCCAGAAGUGUUGUAUGAGGAGGUGCUGGAGGUGGAAGAACGUGUGGUGCUGUACCGUGGCGAGCCAGGCGCCGGCUCUCCUGUCAAAGGCCGAACAGGGGACCUACUAGAGGUGCAGCAGCCUGUGGACCUAGGGGACCUGCGUGGAAAACUGGAGGGACUCCUGUCCCGGGGUAUCCGCAGUCUGGCUGUGGUGCUAAUGCACUCCUACACGUGGGCCCAGCAUGAGCAGCAGGUGGGCACGCUGGCCCAGGAGCUGGGUUUCACACACGUGUCCCUGUCCUCGGAGGCCAUGCCCAUGGUACGCAUUGUUCCUCGGGGACACACAGCCUGUGCUGACGCCUACCUCACGCCCACCAUCCAGCGCUAUGUGCAGAGCUUCCGCCGUGGCUUCCAGGGCCAGCUCAAGGAUGUGCAAGUGCUCUUCAUGCGUUCCGAUGGUGGCCUGGCACCCAUGAAUGCCUUCAGUGGCUCCCGGGCCGUGCUCUCUGGCCCUGCUGGUGGUGUGGUCGGCUACUCAGCUACCACCUACCAACUGGAGAGUGGCCAGCCUGUCAUUGGCUUUGACAUGGGAGGCACAUCCACAGAUGUGAGCCGCUAUGCCGGAGAAUUUGAGCAUGUCUUUGAGGCCAGCACAGCUGGUGUCACCCUCCAGGCCCCGCAGCUGGACAUCAACACAGUAGCUGCUGGUGGGGGUUCUCGCCUCUUCUUCAGGUCUGGCCUCUUUGUGGUUGGGCCAGAGUCAGCAGGUGCCCACCCAGGUCCUGCCUGCUACCGCAAAGGGGGUCCUGUGACAGUGACAGAUGCUAAUCUGGUCCUGGGUCGCCUCCUGCCUGCCUCUUUCCCCUGCAUUUUUGGGCCAAGAGAGGACCAGCCACUAUCUCCUGAGGCCUCCCGCAAGGCCUUGGAGGCUGUGGCCGCUGAGGUCAACAGCUUUCUGACCAGUGGGUCUCCCCCGGCUUCCCCACUGAGUUUGGAGGAGGUGGCCAUGGGAUUUGUGCGUGUGGCCAACGAAGCCAUGUGCAGGCCUAUCCGUGCACUCACACAGGCACGAGGCCAUGACCCCUCAGCCCAUGUGCUGGCCUGCUUUGGGGGAGCUGGCGGGCAGCAUGCUUGUGCCAUUGCCCGGGCCCUGGGCAUGGACACUGUGCACAUUCACAGGCACAGUGGGCUGCUGUCUGCACUGGGGCUGGCCCUGGCAGACACAGUACAUGAGGCACAGGAGCCCUGCUCCCUGUCUUACACGCCUGAGACCUUUAUGCAGCUGGACCAGAGGCUGAGCCGGCUGGAGGAACAGUGUGUCAGUGCCUUGCAGGCCCAGGGCUUCAAUAGGUCCCAGAUCAGUACUGAGAGCUUCUUGCACCUGCGUUACCAGGAUACUGACUGUGCCCUGAUGGUGUCUGCCCACCAGCACCCAGCCACGGCCCGGUCACCCCGUGCUGGUGACUUUGGGGCAGCCUUUGUGGAGAGGUACAUGAGAGAGUUUGGUUUUGUUAUUCCUGAGCGGCCAGUGGUGGUGGAUGACGUGCGAGUGAGGGGCACUGGUCGCAGUGGUCUUCAGCUGGAGGACACCCCUAAAGCCCAGACCGGGCCUCCUCGGGUGGACAAGGUGACCCAGUGCUACUUUGAGGGGGGCUACCAGGAGACCCCCGUGUAUCUGUUAGGAGAGCUGGGUUAUGGGCACCAGCUCCAGGGGCCCUGCCUCAUCAUCGACAACAAUAGCACCAUCCUGGUAGAGCCAGGUUGCCAGGCAGAAGUGACUGACACAGGAGACAUCCGUAUCUCUGUGGGCGCUGAGGCCCCCAGCAUGGCAGGCACCAAUCUCGACCCCAUUCAGCUAUCUAUCUUCUCACACCGCUUCAUGAGUAUCGCCGAGCAGAUGGGCCGCAUCCUACAGCGCACAGCUAUCUCCACGAACAUCAAGGAACGCCUCGAUUUCUCCUGUGCCCUCUUUGGGCCUGAUGGGGGGCUGGUCUCCAAUGCUCCCCACAUCCCUGUGCACCUGGGUGCCAUGCAGGAGACUGUACAGUUCCAGAUCCAACAUUUGGGGGCUGACCUCCACCCGGGUGAUGUGCUACUGAGCAACCAUCCCAGCGCAGGGGGCAGCCAUCUUCCAGACCUGACUGUCAUUACACCAGUGUUUUGGCCAGGGCAGGCUAGGCCUGUGUUCUAUGUGGCCAGCCGAGGGCACCAUGCAGACAUUGGAGGCAUCACUCCAGGAUCUAUGCCCCCCAACUCUACUACACUACAACAGGAGGGUGCUGUCUUCCUGUCCUUCAAACUGGUCCAGGGAGGCGUCUUCCAGGAGGAUGCUGUCACAGAGGCCCUGCAGGCGCCAGGCAAGAUCUCUGGCUGUAGUGGAACCAGGAACCUGCAUGACAACCUGUCAGAUCUCCGUGCCCAGGUGGCAGCCAACCAGAAAGGCAUCCAGCUGGUGGGAGAGCUAAUUGGGCAGUAUGGUCUGGACGUGGUACAGGCCUACAUGGGCCAUAUUCAGGCAAACGCUGAAUUGGCAGUGAGAGACAUGCUACGGGCCUUUGGAACCUCAAGGCAGGCGCGGGGUCUGCCCCUUGAGGUGUCUGCGGAGGACCACAUGGAUGAUGGCUCACCCAUUCGCCUGCGUGUGCAGAUCAACUUGAGCCAGGGCAGCGCUGUGUUCGACUUCAGUGGCUCUGGGCCCGAGGUGUUUGGCAAUCUCAAUGCCCCACGAGCCAUAACGCUGUCGGCGCUCAUCUACUGCUUGCGCUGUCUAGUGGGUCGUGACAUUCCACUCAACCAGGGCUGCCUGGCUCCAGUGAGUGUGGUGAUUCCCAGAGGUUCCAUCUUGGAUCCCUCCCCAGAGGCGGCGGUGGUGGGCGGCAAUGUGCUCACGUCGCAGCGUGUGGUGGAUGUCAUCCUGGGAGCCUUCGGGGCCUGCGCUGCUUCCCAGGGCUGCAUGAACAAUGUGACCCUGGGUAACGCCCGCAUGGGCUACUAUGAGACGGUGGCUGGAGGAGCGGGCGCAGGCCCAGGCUGGCACGGGCGCAGCGGGGUGCACAGUCACAUGACCAACACGCGCAUCACAGACCCAGAGAUCCUGGAGAGCCGGUACCCGGUCAUCCUGCGCCGUUUUGAGCUGCGGCGGGGCUCCGGAGGCCGAGGCCGCUUUCGAGGAGGCGACGGUGUGGUCCGUGAGCUGCUCUUUCGGGAGGAGGCCCUGCUGUCCGUGCUUACCGAGCGCCGCGCCUUCCAGCCCUAUGGCCUCCAGGGGGGUGAACCCGGUGCUCGUGGUUUAAACCUCCUGAUCCGCAAGGGCGGCCGUACGGUGAAUCUGGGUGGGAAGACAUCUGUGACCGUGUACCCCGGGGAUGUGUUUUGUCUUCACACACCUGGUGGCGGGGGCUACGGGGACCGGGAGGACCCUGCCCCACCGCCAGGCUCGCCCCCUCAACCGCCUGCCUUCCCCCAGCGGGGCAGUGUUUAUGAGUACCGGCGUGCCCAGGAGGCGGUGUGAGUUCUCCACAAUAAAGAUCCUUUGAGUCGUCCA